AUGAACGGCGUUUCCCUCCGACUUUUCCCAGCAGUGGUCCCGGGUGGAGAAGGCAAAGUAAUCUACCCUGCCGACGUGGACGUUGACAAAGAGGGCCGUAUCUGGGUGGCGGCCGCCGGCGCUGUGCGGGUGGUACAGUACAGUAAAGACGGCCUGCCGGUGGCCACGUUUGACGUGCCAAGUGUAGCUCAGUGGUAUCCCAGAAUUUCUGUGGACGCGCGCGAUAACAGUAUCAUCGUGGUAGCGUCUAACGAAAUUUUGAUGUUCACACCAAACGGCUCACUUGAUGGAAGUUUCGGCAAGCAAGAAGGCGUCCAACUGCAGUACGCCACAACAGACAAGGACGGGAAUAUUCUUGUUACGGACACUUCUGUUUCCCGCGUCCAUGUGUACGAUCACGUCGGGCAGUACUCAUUCUCGUUCGACACUGUGAGUGUCGGUAAAGGCAAACCUCGAGGUAUCUGUACCGACCUUCUUGGUCACAUCUUCGUGGCUGACUCGGCAAACGGACGGGUGGACAUGUUCACAAGCCGCGGGGAGUUUGUCCGCACCGUUGUGAACUUUACAAACCCGUGGGCUGUUGCUGUGGGACCGGGUGGACAGUUGGUGGUGACAGACGCAGCUUCUGUCGCGACAAUCUUUCCACGAGAGAUGGUAUUUCCGGAUGAGUAG